GCGAUGGCAAUCCCAAGGAGAGCAGCCCCUUCAUCAACAGCACGGACCUGGAGAAGGGCAAAGAGUAUGAUGGCAAGAACAUGGCCCUCUUCGAGGAGGAGAUGGACACCAGCCCCAUGGUCUCCUCUCUGCUGAGCGGGCUGGCCAACUACAACAAUCUGACAGCCGGGCCCCUGAGCCCUGAUGGCUGCCCGCUCCCUUGGCAGGCCCCGCGGAUGGGCACCUUCAUGGGCGUCUACCUGCCCUGCCUCCAGAACAUCUUCGGGGUCAUUCUCUUCCUGCGUCUCACCUGGGUGGUGGGGAUUGCUGGCAUCAUGGAGUCCUUCUGCAUGGUCUUCCUCUGCUGCUCGUGUACCAUGCUGACGGCCAUUUCCAUGAGCGCGAUCGCCACCAACGGCGUGGUGCCAG